ACUUGCGAUAUCUUCUUCAUUCGGUCAUUGCCGCCCAAGAUAACGGCAAACGUCAUCGAACCGAGGUUGACGCUCUGGUUUUGCGACGAUAACGAUACAAACACAACGUUCACGUUCACAUUCACAACUUCCAAGAUGGACCGGUUACACGCGCUGGAAGCAGCGCUCGACAAGAUCGUCCUCGACCCCAAAUACCACGACGUCCUCACGCUGGUAAAAGGCGUGCGAAAUGGCAUCGUGUACGGCUGCAAAGUGCGCUUCCCACACGCACUCGUCAUGAUGAUGCUUUUCCGCUCCGGCAGCUUCCGUUCAAAAUUGUUCCUCGUCUACAAAGCCACGCGCCAACACGCCCGCAACCUCGGCCUCUUCGCGCUCGUAUACAAGUCCUGCAUGUUAUUGCUCAAACACACUUCGCCCACAGGGAAGGAGCGACAUUAUGACGCCUUCCUCGCGGGGUUGGCGGGCGGAUACACGGUCUUCGGCCGCACGAUUCACAACUCGGUGUCGCAGCAGAUCGUCAUAUACGUCGCCGCACGUGUAUGUUUGGCCCUAGCCAAGCUCGCAGUGCAACAACGGCAUGCUGCUGGCAAAGAGGGCGGAGGUGGGUUUGAGUUGUUUGGAAACGGGGAGUUGAGGAGGUCGAUGGCGAGGAAUGGAUGGCCGGUUUUUGCGAGUUUGAGUUGGGCGAUGGUUAUGUAUAUUUUCAGGUGGCAUCCUGAGAGCGUGCAGAGCAGUUUGAGGAGUAGUAUGAGCUAUAUUUAUGUUCAGUCGGAUGAUUGGGAUUCGUUACGAACGCUGGUUUGGCACAACAAAUGAGUGCGCGCGCCUUACUUGUCCUGGUACGAUGCACCAUUGGAGUUAUUUGGUUGCGAGCAUACGCUUCGUACCAUUAUGCACGAUGCAGUGUUGCAAGUCGAAACAUCGAGCACACAAGUCCUACAAGACUAUUAGAAACAUCGAUACAAUUCAUGUACAAUCAAU